AUGGCUACUCCGGAUGGUCCGGUCGAUAACAAUGACGAUAAAAAAGAUCGGUCUGACCUGGCGGGCGAGGAUGACUUCGAGACACUGAAAUAUCAGCUCUUGGGACCCUCUUUAACCAAAGCGGGUCAAGAUGCCGUGGAUCAGCAAAAGGUUUCAGAGAUUAUCUAUAAUGCCUCAAAAGGCUCCAAGUUCUUCAAUCAUGAGCAGGAACGAGAUCGCAAUCUUACAGUGAAGAUUGAGCGCAUUCUGAAGGCAAAAGCCCGGCUGGAGAAGCUCGACUUGAGUCAGGAUUUACGACGCGCAGACGAGUACCUCGCGGAGUUGGAACUCAGUCGCGAUCUUUCCCAAUAUGUCAUUCAUGUCGACUGCGAUGCAUUCUUUGCGGCAGUCGAAGAACUCGAUCGGCCGGAGCUGAAAACUGUUCCUAUGGCCGUCGGCAAAGGUGUAUUAACAACGUGCAACUAUGAAGCUCGUAAGUUUGGAGUUCGCAGUGGCAUGGCGUCGUUCGUGGCGAAAAAGCUGUGUCCCAAUCUGGUCCUUCUCCCCCAGAACUACGACAAAUAUGUUGCCAAGGCCACCGAGAUUCGCGCCAUCAUGGCAGAGUAUGACCCGCUUUUCGAGACUGCCAGUGUCGAUGAAGCCUACUUGAAUAUUACGGCCUAUUGUGACGAAAAUCAAAUGGACCCAGAGGAGGCAGUGCAAAACAUGCGCGCGCGAAUCCUUGAGGAGACAAAGGUAUCUGUCUCCGCCGGCAUUGCUGCCAAUGCGAAAAUUGCCAAGAUUGCGUCCAACCAGAAUAAACCGAACGGGCAGUUCCGAGUUGCGAAUACGCGAGAGGCAGUCAUGGUAUUUAUGCGGACUUUACCGGUUCGGAAAGUCAAUGGCGUUGGCCGUGUCUUUGAACGAGAGCUAGGCUCCAUCGGUAUUGUGACGUGUGGAGACAUCUAUCCACACCGUGCCUUGUUGACCAAAUUAUUCGGCGAAAAGGCCUUCCAAUUUCUGGCGCAGUGCUAUCUCGGCCUGGGGCGUACAAACAUCCAACCCAUCGAGGCUAGCGAACGGAAGAGUGUGAGCACAGAGACAACUUUUCAUGCAAUUGACGACAAGGAAGAGCUCCGAGCUAAACUUCGUUGGGCAGCAGACGAGAUGGAAAAGGAUUUGGCCCGCACCCAGUUCAAAGGCCGCACCCUUUGUUUAAAGGUGAAACUUCACACGUUUGAGGUGUUGACCCGCCAAACGUCUCCACCACGCGCUGUCUCCCCUAGCGAAAGAUCUCUGGAGAAGGAGAUUCCAGGAAUGAAGUUGCGGCUUCUAGGUCUUCGAUGCUCAAACCUAGUCAGCACCAAAAAACCUGGCAUCAACUUUUUCGGCAUCGCGACACAGCCCGCACCUGGUUCUGUGCCAACAACGAAGACGCGGAUUCAGAGAGACGAUUAUGAGAUCGGACCGGAAGAAGCGUUUGAGUCGGCAGCCCGACAAGAGGUCCAAGAUGAGAUGAACGACCUGGAAAAGCUAAGCCAAGAGACCGCUCAUUUAUCUGAUGAAGGAGAGUCCAUCAGUGCUAUCGACCCUGACAGUCCACCUGCUCAGUGGGAGUGUCCUAUUUGUGGUCGGCCGCAAGUAGCGGAUGACCGGGUAUUUAACGACCAUAUGGACUUUUGUCUCUCCCGCCAGACCAUCCGUGAGGUUGUCGAUGAUACUUCACAGGAGGAAGCAUCAAUAUUUGCCAGGCGCAAGAGAAAACCCACUCAGACGAGCACUGUCGACAGUAAUGCCCGACAGAAACGACUUUUCUUCCAAUGA